AUGGCAUCCUCGAAGGCGGCAUCCUUGGCUGAUGUCAUCGAAGGGUCCGAUGCAUAUGAUGAGCUGACCAACGCAGAAGACAAAGACGCCGAAUUUGGUGGGCGCGAAGCACGGCAGAGGCUAGAGCACAAGCUCCUACGCAAAAUCGACUUACGCAUGUCUAUUUUGAUAGUCAUUUAUAUUCUGAACUAUAUGGAUCGUAACAACAUCGGCGCGGCACGACUACGGGGACUGGAGACGGAUUUGGGUUUGGAAGGCCAAGAGUUCGCGACCCUCUUGUCCAUACUCUAUGUUGGUUACAUGAUCAUGCAAGUGCCCUCGAAUAUGUUUCUCAACCAUCUCGGCAAGCCAUCCAUAUACCUACCCACGUGCAUGGUGAUCUGGGGCACUAUCUCCAUUCUUACAGGAAUCACCAAAAACUUCGUCAGUGCACUCCUCACUCGCUUUUUCCUAGGCUUCAUCGAAGCGGCGUUCUUUCCUGGUGCCCUAUUCCUCCUCAGUAAAUGGUACAAGCGCAGUGAGCUCGGCACGCGCAUCGCCCUGCUGUAUUGCGGCAACAUCAUCUCGAACGCAUUCGGCGCGCUCAUGGCUUCAGGCAUACUCGACGGCAUGGACGGCAAGCUCGGACAGGCCGCCUGGCGAUGGCUCUUCUAUAUCGAGGGCUCGCUCACCAUUUUCGUGGCCCUCUGCGCCAUGUUCAUCCUUCCUGACUUCCCAUCUACUACGCACUGGCUGAGCGAGGAGGAGCGCCGCCUAGCGAUGAGACGCAUGCAGGAGGACGCAGGCGUAGGAGAUGAAGGCGAUACCGAGGAGGGCGGGCAUUCCGUCGGGCUGCGGCUGGCCCUGAGGGACUGGAAGGUAUGGUGGAUGGCGCUGGCGAUGACGAGCAUCACCGUCGCAUUGAGCUUCAAUGCGUACUUCCCCACGCUGAGUGCCACGAUGGGUUUUAAUCCCACCGUUACUUUGUUGCUGUGCGCGCCGCCGUUUGUGUUCGCGGCAAUCGUAACGUAUCUCGUUUCGAGGCAUUCGGAUGUGACUGGCGAGAGGUUCUACCAUACUACGAUACCGUUUCUCAUCGGGAUCGUGGGCUUUGUCAUCGCUGUAUGCACGAUGAGCACCCCUGCACGAUAUGUCUCGUUAUUCCUCAUGGCGCAGUCAUACGCUGGCUACGUCGUUGUCUUCACCUGGAUCAGCAACUCAUUCCCCCGGCCGCCGUCGAAGCGUGCUGUAGCGCUAGCGUUCAUCAACGCCUUCUCGGAAUUUGGAGAUGUGGCUGGAUCAUACGUGUGGCCAAGCGCAUGGGGGCCGACCUAUCGCAAGUCAUACGGGAUCUGCAUAGCGACGGCAGGCUGCAUGAUUGUAAUGUGCUACGUUUUCAAGCUGUAUCUCGAACGCUUGAAUCGGAAGCUUGCUGAGGACGACAGGCGGAAGGGUGUAAAGGACAGAGGAUUCCGCUAUUUGACGUGA